UUCAUCCUUCCCUCCUGCUCUCGUGGGCAUGUCUCAGCGUGCGUUCACGUUGGUCUCCGCCCCUCUUCGCGACACCUGUACCCACCUCGGUCGCCUACAAGCCGAAAAAAAAACUUAGCUCACGGACCCGCCCCAACCAGUUGGGAAAAGUACUUUCCGCCAGAAACGCCUCCUUUCGCGGCGUCCUCAACAGGCCUUGUAGGAAAAAGACUUAUAGAAGCAAGCCUUUCCUCGUACACACCAGUGAGCGGAUCUGCAAAGCAGGGAUAUUUGAGGUUCCAUCCCAUUUGGAAUUAAUGCGGCCCAUAUUUGGACUCUAGGGAAUUUGACUUACGUUGGGAAUUUAGUAGAACACUUUGAGUCAGGAUUGUUCACUUGGGGAGACAGUACAGAUUUGUGUCUUUUGACCUUAGUUGCACAGUCUUCGCUUUUGGAUGAUCUUUUAUCAUAUCUGAAGCUCCUCCUUUAAUCCUAUCUUCACUAUUAACAGGAGUGUGAUAAUGCGGGUGUGCUGGUUGGUGAGACAAGACAACUUGCACCAGCGAAUCAAACUUCCACAUUUGGAAGCAGUUAUGAUUGGGCGUGGCCCAGAGACCAAGAUCACUGAUAAGAAAUGUUCUCGACAGCAAGUACAGUUGAAAGCAGAGUGUAACAAGGGAUAUGUCAAGGUAAAGCAGGUUGGAGUCAAUCCCACCAGCAUUGACUCAGUCAUAAUUGGAAAGGAUCAAGAGAUGAAGCUGCAGCCUGGUCAGGUUCUCUACAUGGUGAAUGAACUUUAUCCAUAUAUUGUAGAGUUUGAGGAAGAGGCCAAGAACCCUGGCCCAGAAACACACAGGAAGAAAAAGAGGUCAGGCAAUGGUAAUUCUGUAGAAAGGGAUGCUGUCCAGGAAGCUGAGCCUGGGACAGGGGUGGAAUCUGGGAGCAGCCCCAGACCAUGCUCUAUGGCCCCUCAAAAGGAGAAAGAUGCAUCUAACAAAAAGGACUCACUGGGCCAUUGGAGUCAAGGCUUGAAAAUUUCUAUGCAGGACCCCAAAAUGCAGGUUUACAAAGAUGAGCAGGUAGUGGUGAUUAAGGAUAAAUAUCCUAAGGCUCGUCAUCACUGGCUGGUCUUACCAUGGGCCUCCAUUUCCAGUCUGAAGGAUGUGACUAGGGAACACUUUGAACUCCUCAAGCACAUGCACACUGUUGGGGAAAAGGUGAUUGCAGAUUUUGCUGGAUCUAGCAAACUCCGCUUCAGAAUGGGCUACCAUGCCAUUCCCAGCAUGAGCCAUGUACACCUACAUGUGAUCAGCCAAGAUUUUGAUUCUCCUUGCCUUAAAAACAAAAAACAUUGGAAUUCUUUCAAUACAGAAUACUUCCUAGAAUCAGAAGCUGUGAUCAAGAUGGUACAAGAGUCUGGCAGAGUGACUGUUCGAGAUGGGAUGUCUGAGCUCUUGAAACUGCCCCUUCGUUGUCAUGAGUGCCAGCAGCUACUGCCUACCAUUCCUCAGUUGAAAGAGCAUCUCAGGAGGCACUGGACAAAGUGAUUCUGCAGAUCCUGAACUUCUGCCACAAGUGUGACUGAUGGGAAUGAACUUGCUAGCACCUGUUCUGGGUUGCUUGUGAAUAUUUUCUCAUUUCCCAAAUUAAAACAUGCAGUUUUUUACAAAGCUUAUUUUAUUCUUGAGUGGCUACAAUGUAGGGUCGCUCAAAAUAGUUCAGGAAUUAUUAGGUAGAAAUGGUUCAGGAAUUAGGAAUGUGUUCUCUGAUGAGGUUGCUGGGACAUGCCCGAUUGCCAUCUCCAGGACCAGUAGAGGGGCUGGUCAUAUGUUUUGGUUCCUUACAUUUAUCUUCUCUCUCUGGAGGCAUGUGGGACCUUUUUGGCACCUUUUUUGUCAAAGUAGCUUGUUUAUCCUGAAGGCUCUGUGGGGUCAAGUUCUCUGACCUUAAUCUAUACUAUACUAGUUUUCUUUCCUUCUUCAUCGAGAGUACUUAAUUUGUUAUGUACCUUCCACUCCUUCCUACCCAAGGUCACCUAAAUGCUCCCUUCUCAGGAAGACCGUGUCAUCAGUUCUUUACUGAACAGUGAGGCUAAUUGAGAGGGCAGAAGGUGGAGUCUUCUUCUAGUACAGGGGUGCUGCCUGCUGAGGAAACACUCAACCAGCCAUGUUCAUUGCACUUUUGCACUCAGGUCUUUUUGCUGGCCUUCUUGGAUCUGUCCAUUUGCUUGAGGCAUCUCUCCCAAGUGGUUGAAAAUUAUUGAAAGUCCUACUGACAAUCAAUCAGUGGGUUCUAAUGUAUAUAGAUGGUUCACAGAACCACAGCUUUAUUUUUCCUCAAGAGCAAAUUGGGAUGGAACAGUUGUAUCAAGUUGGUUUUUGGGUAAUAUCAGGACUAAAAGGAAAGGGAAAGCUAAAAGUUGAUUUUGAUCAAAUUGUUAAUAUAUUUGUGGAUAACUUUUUAUUUUUGAGUAGUGAUAAAAAGAACACCAUUAACAAAAUCUUCUAUGGAGAAAAAACUUCAGUGUAUAGAGACCAUAUUUGACCUCAGUUUUUGUCACAAAUAAACAGGAUGCCACAGAA